AUGUUCAAGUCAACGCUCCUUUACACUUGCUUGCUGUUCUACGUCGUUCAUGUCCAGUCUAUGCCGCUGUCUAUGUUCGGUGGCAAGAGGACGGUUGAGAUGGCGCGCGGAGUCAACGACUGGCGGGACACUUUAUCUGAUGACACUCGUCAUCGCCUUGACCUGGCUAAGCAGCACUUGCAAGACCAAAGCACCUCCGGCCAAGCUUUCCGUAACGACACAAUCAUGCGCAUUAAUAUUGAGCGUGAGGCUCUGGACCUCUCCCUGAUUGACCUCGAGCAAGCCUUUGGAAUGGAGCUCCCGGCCCCUCGUGCAGGCCUGGGCGGCAAAGCCGGCCACAAACGAUCAAGCUCCGAAGAUCUCUGCGAGGAGGCGUACCUUCGGGGUGGCACCAUGACCAGUCUGCCAACCGUCAAGCGAAGUAACGCCCAAGACCUCCGCGAGCAAGCCUACCUCCGAGGCGGCACCAUGACCUCUCUACCAAUCCUCAAGCGAAACGACGCCCAAGACCUCCGCGAGGAAGCCUACCUCCGAAGCGGCAGCAUGACCUCUCUCCCCAUCUCCAAGCGUGACAACAACAACAACAACAACCCCUACACCCACCUCCUCAACCGCCACAACCUCGCCCUCGGCGCCCUCGAGCGCAUCAACAUCGCCCACCGCGUCCUCCACAAGCCCGAAAUCACCAGCCAACGCGCCCAAAAGAUCACCGCCCAAGGCGACGAGUACGUGGCGCAGUACUGGGCCUCCUCAAUGAAUCCGGGGGGUUUCUGGACAGAGGACCAGAUGGUCGGGAGGCCCAACUUCGUGCAGGGCGGGCAGACGAACGGGUUCGGCUUUACGCAGAGCACGUUUCAUAGGCUGCACUGCCUGGCGAAUAUUCGGAUGAUGCUCGCGUGGCAUAUCACUGGCAACGGUAAAAGGAUGACGCGCGAGAUGAAUGUGCAUACCAUCCACUGCCUGGAGUAUAUUCGCUGGCGCGAGCUGGUGCAGCCCGACCUCACCGAAGAGCCUAUUGACACUGUCGACUACAUGGGAAUGGGCAUUCACUAA